UUGAACUAAUCACAUUUUCUUUUUUUGAAGUACCUUUUUUUGGCUCUGUGCUGACUGUCAAACACACAAGAUAAAGUUUGUCAUUCAGGCAGUACCAGCAUUUGAGUCAGUACACAAUGACACAGUUAUUUAUCAAACUGAAAUUGUUGCCAUAGCUCCACUGUGGGACAGUGCAGGUUAAACAAUAGCCUUGUUCAUUCACUCUGGUCCAGCCUGACAUUCAGUUCCAGCUCAACAGCAAUGGAUCUGUUUCCCAGAGCAUAGCAAGUAUACAACUGUUCUAGAGAAAAAGAGACUGUAGGAUUUGGAAAAGAAAAGCUUCUUGGAUCGUAUUUGGAUUUUCAGAUGCUAAAUUACUUUAUCACCACAGAUUGCUCUCAGCUGAUCUUUAACCUCCCUUGGGACAGUCAUACAAGAACAACUUGGCAUGACCUUUGCUCAAUUGUUUUAAAUACAAGAAGUGGAAAUAUUAUUAUGUGGCCAGAGCAGUUCAAGGUCCUCUCAAGGAAAGUGUGAAAGCUGCAGGGAUGUAUUUGGUAGCAGUGUUGGUCUGAGACAGAAAGAAAAAGCUGCAGGAAGAAGUUUGUCAGAAGUACGUUAAACACAAAGAUGGUAGGCCGUCAAAAACGCAGGACAGAAGAGGAAACUCAAGAGACGCAGACUGCCAAACAUCAACGACAGACUCUGACUGCACCUGCUCCGUUUGCAGAUGAAACAAGCUGUCAGUGCCAAGCUCCACAUGAGAAGCUAACCAUCGCUCAAGCUCGCCUGGGAACGCCAGUUGACAGACCUGUCAGAGUGUAUGCAGAUGGAAUAUUUGACCUCUUCCACUCCGGCCACGCUAGAGCUCUUAUGCAAGCCAAAACUCUAUUCCCAAAUAGCUACUUAUUAGUAGGAGUUUGCAGCGAUGAUUUAACCCACAAAUUUAAAGGCUUCACUGUAAUGAAUGAAACAGAACGGUAUGAGGCCCUCAGGCACUGUCGCUAUGUAGAUGAAGUCAUCAGAGAUGCUCCAUGGACACUCACACCAGAGUUCUUGGAAAAACACAAGAUUGAUUUUGUAGCCCAUGAUGACAUUCCAUACUCCUCCGCUGGUUCGGAUGAUGUGUACAAGCACAUAAAGGAGGCAGGAAUGUUUGUACCAACACAAAGAACUGAAGGUAUCUCAACCUCAGACAUUAUUACUAGAAUUGUACGAGAUUAUGACGUCUAUGCCCGACGCAACCUCCAAAGAGGAUACACCGCCAAAGAGCUGAAUGUUAGUUUUAUAAAUUUAAUUUGUGCUCAGAAGAUCUUAGGAAGAGGACCAUGCCUUUCACUGCAGAGAAAGGAGAAGAAAUACCGCUUUCAGAACCAGGUAGACAAAAUGAAGGAAAAAGUUAAGAAUGUUGAGGAAAAAUCAAAAGAAUUUGUUAACAAAGUGGAAGAGAAGAGCCAUGACCUCAUUCAGAAAUGGGAAGAGAAAUCCAGAGAGUUCAUUGGCAACUUUUUAGAGUUGUUUGGACCUGAUGGAGCAUGGAAACAGAUGUUUCAGGAGCGAAGUGGACGGAUGCUCCAGGCCUUCUCACCGAGGCAGAGCCCAACCAGCAGCCCAACACGAGGCCGCUCACCAUCCCGCUCUCCGUCACCACCCUUCCCAUGGCUCUCCAAUAAAGCCUCGCCUCCUUCUUCUCCCAAAGCCGCCUCAGCCUCCAUUAGCAGCAUGAGCGAGGGUGAUGAGGAUGAAAAAUAAAAGUAAGAGUCAUUUUAAAAGGGGCAGAAGAACCCCAAACACAACAAAAAAGAAAACAGUCAUGUAACCUGCAACUGGAUCGAGGGAGAAGAACAACAUGGGGGAUAUUUCUGACAGACGGGAACGUGCUCUAAUGAGGAGACAUUGUCCGGAGACUGGAGCACUGCCAGAGACAGGAUCUCAGGAACAGCUUCCCCCAUCUCAUUUCCUCAUGGUGCUCAGGAACGCUUUGAAUGGCAUUUCCCAAAAUGGCACUGGACACCUCACUGAAACAUAAACCUUUGCACCAGUACCUCUUGUUAAUCAAUAUUUAGUGCUGCUGCCAGCAGGAUUGGCCAAAAGCAUAAGGGACCGUCUUGAGCAGCGUAGGGGAGCCCCAGAUACAGACAGGCCAAGCAGAGCAGCAGCAGUGAUACUGUGGGAAGCAGAUGAUUCACCUGCAUUUGGACCCUACUAAACUUGAAUGCAACUAAAUCUCUCUUUGCAGCAGCUGAAGGCUUCUUCAAUCCAGGAACUAUUUUUGCCCCUUUAAAAAACAAGAAAGAAAGAAGAAAAAAAAAACAACCAAAAAACCCCACCAAACCAUGCCUGGGGAAUGGGAAAUUUGUGUAAUGGGAACUCGUAAUAUGUUGAAUAUAGUCAAUCUGAGGACUGCUGCUUGUUGACCAAGCCUUUGUACAGGGCAUUUGUAAAGGUUGAGAUUGUGUGAAUCCCACUUGCUUUAUCAGUCUUAUCUUUGGUCCCUCAUGCCUCAAAAGCUACUUGCUGUACAUUGUUUUUCUCCUUGGUGUUGAUUUGAAGGCUGCAAAGUAAAUGGGAGAAUGUCCAGGCUGGGAUUUUUUGUUUGGUGGGGGGGGGGAAUAAUUUUAUCAAGUUGGUUAUUUUAUUGCUCAAUUUAAAGGUAUAAACAGGACCCAGAGGCCCUCAAAACAGUCUUUUCCUGGAACACCACCUUCAGAGGUAAAAUUGUCAGACUGUAAAUGCAAUAGUGUUCCCCCUCCCAUGUAUUAUGAGUAAUAUCAAACUUAAGUAAAACUUUGGGCAAAUCUCUGAAUAAUAUGAAAAUCUGUACAUGCUAUGCUUUUUUAUAACAGCAUAUACAAUACAUGUAUACACAGCCAUACAUGCUGCAUUCCCAGCUUGGGAUUCUGGCAAAUGGCCUUCUGGCCUCAUGAUAACCAAACCUGGGGACACCCAACUGGAAAAAUAUUGAAAACUUCAUGAAUGGGAUUAGGGGCUAGGACUUUCUGCUUUCCAGAAGAGUAUCCCUAAAUCCGUAAAAGAAUCACAAGGACAACAACUUUAAGGAGUUUUCUCCCUUUUACUGUGCCUUGUUGAAAACAUCUGCAUCCAGAUGCAACUGGCUUCAGGCUCCACCUAUACCGUCUCAGUAACCAGCUGGAAAAGUUCUUCUGGGAUUACAUACCUGCUCUUCUGAGCUCCCCGUUCCUUCCAGCCCAGAAAGCAAGUUAGAAAUUGAUAUUCGGUAGCUUCAGUAUCUCAGUAGGACUGAAAUCUGCUUCAUCCUCUAGGGGAUUCUGCACAAUACUUGACAUUUCUUUGAGCAUUUGGGACACCAAACCAGUAAAGGCUGGCACCCUCGUAUUUUCUGGAUGCAGCCUGCAGAAAAGCCAGAACAAGAGAAGCAAUGACCAACAGGAGCAAAAGCCAUCUGUUCCGCUGGGUUCCCUUGAACUCUGAUUAUGUUCCCGGCUGAAACUUAUGAUAAAUUUGAAUAUCCUUCACUUUGUUGGUUUCCUGCCCACAGAGGCAUAGCGAUCUCUUUCAGCAGCUGGAGCAAGGGAGGUAGGAAUGGGAUUAUGCUGACCACUGGAGAGCAGAGGGGAGGGUGGACUCAGGCUGCUGCAGCUGAGGAACAGGUACCAGCAUGAACUCCCCAAGGGCUCCUCCUUACUCCCCCACAUCUGACGCAGGGUUCAGCCCUCCACAGCAAAGCCACUUUAGGGUGGGGGGGGUGACAUCUCACCCUCAAACCCCCAGACAGGGUCAUGAGAGCUGGGUAUACAGGGUCAUGGGAGCCGUAAGAGUCAGGCAGGGGUAGAGCUGCAUCUGCUGUGGCAAAGAAAGCUUGGAAACAUUAGUUGCCAUCAGCAGGUUCCCCAGUCACGAGGAGGCAUUUUGUACUAGCUUCCAAGCCAGCCCUGAGUCACUCUCCCCCCCACCCCCUAUGUUAAUUCACUCCAUAAAAACCAGCAGCUUUCUCUGAAGCAGUCUUAGCCAGGCUCUUAUCCAACUGUCACAAGACUAAGAGGGAAAACUCAUGUUGCAUAACUACCUUUCUGGGGAG